CCCCGCCCCGCCCCUGUAACUACGCAGUGACGUCACAGCAAGAGAAGAUGGCGACUGUGCUGAAGGCGGAAGCGGGGCAGUGCGGGCGGCCGUCCGUUGUGUGAGAACCAAUACUGCAUGGACUCGCCGCCAUGAGCAACAAGGAGAUGGUUUCCACGGAGACAGAGAAUAAGGGACAGAGGAAGGUGUUUCUUCCCAACAAGCUGCUCGAGUGUCUCCCCCGCUCAUCCGCUCUGCCUAACGAGCGGCUGCGGUGGAACACGAACGAGGAGAUCGCUUCUUACCUGAUUUCAUUUGACAGACAUGAUGAGUGGCUCUCCUGCAGCCUGAAAACCAGGCCGAAAAACGGCAGCAUUAUCCUCUACAACAGGAAGAAGGUGAAGUACAGGAAGGAUGGAUACUGCUGGAAGAAAAGGAAGGAUGGAAAGACGACGAGAGAGGACCACAUGAAGCUCAAGGUCCAGGGCAUGGAGUGCCUGUAUGGUUGCUACGUUCAUUCCUCCAUCGUGCCGACAUUCCACAGGCGAUGCUACUGGCUGCUGCAGAACCCAGACAUUGUGCUGGUCCACUACCUGAAUGUGCCGUCCCUGGAGGAUUCUGGGAAAUGCAGUCCGCUGCUGUGCGCGGUGGCCGACCGCCACGACAGCAUGAGGUGGAGCCGAGACGAGCUGCUGAACCAGCUGAAGCCCAUGUUUCACAGUAUGAAGUGUUCGCUGGGCUCAGGCGAUUUCAGCAUCGAGGAGUUGGUUCAACACAUCCUGGACCGACAGAGAACUAAACCACAGCCUCGCACACACACCUGUCUCUGCAACACCGCCCAGGUUUCUCCAGGAGUGAACAUUCCCCACCGCUGCAACAGCACCAAGCAUCGCAUCAUCUCCCCCAAACUGCCUCCCUCCUCCUGCAGACCCUCCGCCUCCCCGCUCUCCUCCGAGGUGGGGGAGGCAGGGGGAGGAGGAGCCGGAGGAGGAGGAGAAGCCAAAGUACCUCACCUCCAGGCUCAGAGCAGCCCCGUCUCGUCUCCCUGCCCUUCCUCCAGCUCGGCCUCGUCUCCCCCUCAGCCCCACAGGGCCACCAUCACCGUGAGUAGCCACGGCAAUGGCUUCUACGGCGACCGCCACGGCAACAUGGCGACAGUGGCGCUGCCCCAGAAUGCUGUAAUUGUCAUGGCGACGACCACCACCGCCAUUGCAGGAGGAAGAGGCGGGCAGGGAGGAGGCGGGACCCUAGGGGAAGAGGCGGGGCAGAGGAGGAGUCUGUCCCUCACCCGUUCGGGCCAGUUGCUGCUCUCCCCCACCCUCCCCACUGCUGCUGGCAAUCCCUCCUGCCCCUCCCCUCCCUCCGCCUCCUCGCCCACGACCCCCUCCUUCCCCCCUCCUUCCGUACAGGCACCAGGAGUGGCCACCCUUUCCCUCACCCUUCUCCCCUCUCCUGUCAUCGGAGGCCUGCUCCUCACCCCCUCCUCCUCUGCCUCACUGCGAUCCCCUCCGCCUCCGACCGCCACCACUCCUUCGCCCCCCUCCUCCCCUUCACCGCCUCCUCCUCCCCAAUUACUCUCCCCUGCCUUUGACCCCGACUCCUUCCUCAACUCCCCCAAACAGGGCCAGACUUACGGCGGCCCUCCUCCUACCUCCUCUUCCACUCCCUCCCGCGUGCUCUGCUCUGCCUCCCCUCUGUCCCCCCCCUCCCUCGCUCUUUCCCUCUCCCCCACCUCCACGCCUCCCUCCUCCGUCUCCCCUCCCUCCUCACUGUCCUCUCUCUCCUCGUCCUCUUCCUCCUCCGAAGCAGACAGGCGAGACUCGGCCCUCUCCUCCUCCUCUUCAUCCUCCUCUCCGCCUUCGUCCUCCCUCCCCCCCUCCCUCUCCCUCUCUCUGUCUCCCACUCCCUCGGUGGCCGCGCCCCUUCUCCCCCUCUGCCUGCAGCUGGGAGCUCUGGGGCAGUCGGAGGGAGGGCGGGUGGAGGACGAGGGUGCAAAUGAAAAGGUGGUGAAGGACAGAAGAGUUGACGAUGUUGAUGACGAUGACGAUGAUGAAGGCAGAGCUCCUCCCACCAAGCUGGCACUGCUGCAGCCGAGGCAUGCCUCCUCAGGGCCGUCUCCACAGCAACAGACAGGAAGUAGCCCUGCUUCACUUCUCCUGCUUUGCCAAGACUCAGCGACCCUUCCCACCCAGCCAGCCAACCAGACGCAGCAGCAGACCGACAGACAGGAGUCGCUGGUCCUGAGGCGGCCCUGCAGUCACCAGUCGCCACCGGCCUUGAUGUCGCUUUUUGCUAAAGCUACAGCGGUGUCAUCCUCGGCUGAUGUCGCCAUGGCUCCUGCUCACCUGGCAACGCCCCACAUUCAGGUGAAGUUGGAGAGCAGGCGGGGCCACGACUCCGAGGACGCCUGCAUGGACACGCCCCUGGAGGAGGUGGAGGAGGAGGAGGCGGGGCCCUGUGAGCGGGUAGGGGAGGAGCUUGACAUCUCCUUCGACAGCCAGUUUCCUGACCUGAUCUCUGACCUCAUCACCGAAGAGGCUGAUCCUGUCAUAGCUCAACCGCCGACCGCCGUCGCUGUGCCAAACCCGACUGUGUUCCCGGCGGGGGUCCGGUACAUGGUGCCCCCCCAGCCGUCACCCUCCUCCUCCUUUCUACCUUUCCCUCACCCGCUGCCCUCCGCCUCCUCCACCCGCCUCGCGUCCAUCACAGACUUCUCCCCAGAGUGGUCCUACCCCGAGGGGGGUGUGAAGGUGUUGAUCACCGGACCGUGGAGCGAGCUGUCGGGUCGAUACUCGUGUGUUUUCGAUCAGAGCACUGUCCCCGCAUCGCUGAUCCAGCCUGGAGUACUGCGCUGCUACUGCCCCGCCCACCAGGCUGGUCUGGUGUGCCUGCAGGUCCUGGAGUCCGGAGGCUCUCUCUCCUCCUCCGUUCUGUUCGAGUACCGAGCAAGGAACGCCAGCUCUCUGCCCAGCUCGCAGCUCGACUGGCUCUCAUUGGACGAUAAUCAGUUCAGGAUGUCAAUCCUGGAGCGGCUAGAGCAGAUGGAGCGCAGGAUGGCAGAGAUGGCUGCCCGCGACAACCACCAGCAGCAGCAUCAGCAGCAGCAGUAUGGCCACCAGCUGGCAACGCCGCCUCCCCCGCCCCUACCUGAGGACCUUGAACAGUCCUCUCAGUGGUUCGAGAGGAGGAUAGUGGGAGUGUGUGAGCGAAUGAUGAGGGUCGGACGAUGGGGGGAAGGAGGAGGAGGAGGAGAGAGGCUUCAUCACUCCGUCCGUCACCGUGGGAUGACGCUGCUCCACCUGGCUGCUGCGCAGGGAUACACACACCUGAUACACACUCUGAUCCAUUGGAGGAGAGUUAACGGCGACAGUUUGGACUUGGAACAGGAAGUGGAUCCUCUAAACGUCGACCACUUCUCCUGCACUCCGCUGAUGUGGGCGUGUGCUCUGGGCCACCAGAGGGCAGCAGAGCUCCUCUACAGCUGGAACAGUCUGGCGCUGGGGAUCCCUGAUUCGCUGGGACGUCUGCCGCUCGCCGUUGCACGCUCUCGAGGGCACACCCGCCUCGCCACGGUACUGGAAGAGCUGCACACGCACACACACGCCACGCCCAGGGACACGCACAUGUCUCCAGCUGACAUGCGCAUACCACCCCAGCCACAGCCGCCCUUGUCACCUCUGUCCACCAGCCCAGACACAGGUCUGAGCUCCUCCAGCAGCUUCCCCUCACCCAGUGACCCCUCUUCCCCCUCCCCGAGCUCUGCCUACUCCAGUGGCCCUGCCCCUAUGGACACCUCCCCUUCCUUCCCCUCUUCUCCUUCCUCCAUGUCCUCCUCGCUGCCUGUCUCCCCUCCCUCUCCCCCACUCUCGUCCCUUCCUUCCGUGUCCAUGUGGGGGGAGGAGCCAAACGCUGGCUUUAGCACAGGUCUGAAUCCAGGAGGCUCCAGAGACUCCCCUCUUUACCUCAUGGACUAUGAGAGCACGUCCCCCGGCCACACGCACAUUUACACGCACCACGCAGUGGGUGGGCGGCAGACACACACGGUGCCGACGCUGGAGGAGCAGCUGCUUAACUACAACGAGAACGCAGAGAACGAAGGCGAGGAGGAGUACCUGGAGGAGGAGGUGCUGCAGGUUGACAUGGCAACGCUGGCAGAGCAAAUCAUCGAGGCGACCCCUGAGCGAAUCAAGCAGGAGGACUUCCCCCGCGGGGCGGAGUCACCGCUCCGAGAGAGACGGGACAACCCGGCCAUGCAGGACACCUGGCUGGCUACCUACCUGGACACGGUCGACGCUCACACACACUCCCCACCCAGGCGGGUGUGCCCCCCCUCGCCGCUCAGUGCACUGGCCCUCCAGAGGCUUCGGCCCCCCUCCUCUGCGGCAUGGGCGGAGUUCCUGAAUGCCUCGGCCAAUGGGAAGAUGGAGAGAGACUUUGCCCUGCUGACGCUGACGGACGGUGAGCAGAGGGAGCUGUACGAGGCCGCCAGGAUCAUCCAGAACGCCUUCAGGAGAUACAAGGUGAAAGACGCACUUGUCUGUGUUCAGGGUCGGAGAUUAAAGGAGCAGCAGGACAUGGCUGCAGCCGUCAUUCAGAGAUGCUACAGGAAGUACAAGCAGCUAACAUGGAUAGCUCUGAAGUACGCUCUCUACAAGAAGAUGACCCAGGCGGCCAUCUUGAUCCAGUCCAAGUUCCGGUCUUACUACGAGCAGAAGCGUUUCCAGCAGAGCCGGCGGGCGGCCGUGCUCAUCCAGCAGUACUACCGCAGCUACAAGGAGUACGAGAGGCUGAAGCAGGGGCCGCGGGGCGCCGCCAGCCACAACCCCAAGAUCAAGGGGUCGUUCCUGACGAAGAAACAGGACCAGGCAGCGAGGAAAAUCAUGAGGUUUCUGAGAAGAUGCCGACACAGGAUAAAGGAGCUGAAGCAGACGAGGGAGCUGGAGAGAAGAGGACUGACCACUUAAACCAUUUCACCUUCUCUAAUCUUCAUCCCUUCUUCCAUCCCGCUGAGAGGAGGAGGAGGGAUGACGGAGAGAAAGACAAGAUUUUUUUAAAAUCCUGACGUUCUUCUGCAGGUUUACUCUGAAGUACAAAGAGACAGAAACCAAACGACUGACGGAGACACAGACAGAGUGACGCCUUACCCCAUCAAUCUAUCUUUCUGUCUGUCUGUCUUUUCUCCUGGUUUAAUGUAGCCGUCUGUCCGCAGCUUAGGAAAAGCCCCAUUUCAAAAUGUCUCACCACAUUUUGCCUUACAGGCACAAGAUACAUGAGUUUAUUUUUGCCAUGAGCAGAGCCUCGCAAGAAGCUCAUCACUCCCUGAAGACACUGGACGCUCAGAACAAAAAUAAUGUCAAGUCAAAGCUGGUUUGUUUAAGACGCAGUCGUCCCGUCAUGAACAUUUAUUUAUUUGUGUCUGGAUUCGUUCAUUAGAUAAUUUCCAGGUGUUCAGGACGUUUAACAUCGGGAAAUCGACCUACGGAUUUUCAUCGAAACCAUCAACAUGUCGAGCUUCCUACAGGAGAUGGAUUUCGUGUGUCUGCCUCAUCGACGUGACGUACACUCACGUAUCUUUAAUAAACACAGCACGAGUCUGAAACCUGAAAGUUAUUUUCUCACCAGGACAGAACAUCAGCGGCGAGUCUGCUCUAACCCCGCACCGCGGACUGGCAAGGGGAUGCUGUAGUCAAGUGUCCAUCAAGUGGACUCAACACUUUCUCUCCUUGGAGGCGAAGCAAACCAGAAGCUGCUGCUGUUUACAUGUGAAGGUGAGGUGGGACGGUGCUUUCAAGGGUCAGCUGGACAAAUCACACUUAAGACGUUGGGAAAGGAAAAACGGAAGCUGCACAACAUUUUUGAACUGAGCUGUUGAUGUUGAGUCGAAUACUGUACAUGAUUAUGAAAAAUAUAUUUAAACACAAUCACAUAUAUUAACAUAUAUAUAUACAUAUAUAUAUAUUCUAAAGGUGAAAUUUAUAGAUGCUAUGGAUGUUUUAUUUAUUACAGCAUGAACUGUGAGUGUGCGCGUGUGCUGCGCUGACUGUGAGGUCAAGUCUUAAGGAACCUCUGUGACCUCUGACCUCUAGACGAACGACAAUCAAUCAGCUUGUCGCACGUUUGUUUUGUUGUAAAAUGUGACUACGUGAACCUACUCAGGUUGUAAAACACUAAAUAUCCGACUGAUGUGACUCGGUGUGACAUCAUCUCCCGAGCAUGUCAUCGCCUCUGAUGUCGUCCAAUCAGAAAGCACUUGUUUUUUUAAAAGUUUCCUUCAGCAUCACCGUGAUCCAGUGGCAGUGGUCUCCGUUUUGUUUCAAUAAUUCCAUUAAGAGAAGAGUGCUGUGAUGUCACUGAUGAUGUCAUGUGUGCUGAUGUCAGAGGUCAGACCGGGGGUUCCCUUCAAAACUGUUCUUUUAAUCUGUCCAGUAACUUUUCAGGACGACGAGUUUGAUGAGGUUUUGUUGUUGUUGUUUAUUUUUUCAGUUUGACCUGAAAAAAAUCAGAAACUCUUCAGUUGUUCUGCUGCAGUGACGCUUUGCAUGAGUUUGUAUUUAACGUUCCGCAUUUUCACACAAGUUUACAGUGAAACUCUUAUUCUACACGUCCAACAAUAAAUCGUCUGUUUGUUACUG